AUGAAGAAGAACCUCUUCCUCAUCAUAGUUACUAUCACCACCCUACUCCCUCUCAUUGCCAAUGGCGCCAAAUGUCACCCUGACGACGAAUCCGGUCUCCUCGCCUUCAAAUCAGGCAUCAAAUCUGACCCGUCAUCCAUGCUAAAAACAUGGAUAACAGGCACAGAUUGUUGCACAUGGUUCGGCGUCAGUUGCGGAGACAACAAACGAGUUACAACUUUGUCGUUAACCGGUGAUUCUGAAAAUUCAAAAAGUUACUUAUCAGGUACAAUCUCACCUUCACUUUCCAAACUCCAAUACCUUGGUGGACUCUACCUCCCAAAUCUCCAAAACAUUUCGGGCCCUUUUCCAGAAUCUCUCUUAAAGUUAACAAAACUUGAAUACAUAUACAUAGAAAACAACAAACUCUCUGGUCAAAUACCCAAAAACAUAGGUACUAUGACUCAACUAGGAGCAUUCAGUCUAGAAGGAAACCGAUUCACAGGAACGAUUCCGAGUUCAAUAUCUGAGUUAACUCAAGUAACUCAGUUAAAACUCGGUAACAAUCUUCUCACUGGAACAAUCCCAGAAUCUAUCAAAAACCUUAAAAAUCUCACUUAUCUGAGUCUCAAAGGAAACAACCUAAGUGGUAACAUACCGGAUAUUUUCAGUUCUUUCACAAACCUUAUUAUCCUCGAACUUUCUAGAAACAAAUUUUCUGGGAAUGUUCCAGCUUCAAUUUCAUCUCUAUUUUCACAUCUAAGGUUUCUCGAGUUAGGACAGAACUCACUUUCUGGAAAAAUUCCAGAUUUUCUAGGAAAAUUCAAAGCUCUUGACACGUUGGAUUUAUCAAAGAAUCAAUUUUCAGGAACAGUGCCUAAGAGUUUUGCGAACUUAACGAAAAUAUUCAACCUUGAUCUCUCCGACAAUUUUCUCGUUGACCCAUUUCCUUCAUUGAACGUGAAAGGCAUCGAAUCAUUGGACUUGUCGAGAAAUAUGUUUCAUUUGAAGGAAAUUCCGAAAUGGGUCACUUCAUCUCCGAUUAUAUACUCACUGAAGCUUGCGAAAUGUGGGAUAAAGAUGAAGCUUGACGAUUGGAAACCUUCUGAGACAUAUUUCUAUGAUUUUAUUGAUCUUUCUGGGAAUGAGAUUUCAGGAAGUGCUGUUGGGUUGUUGAACAAGACAGAGUAUUUGGUUGGGUUUUGGAGUUCUGAGAAUAUGUUGAAAUUUGAUUUGGGAAGUUUAAGGUUUGGAAAUAGGUUGAAGUAUUUGGAUUUAUCACAUAAUUUGGUGUUUGGAAAUGUGACAAAAAGUGUUGUUGGGAUUCAGAAGUUGAAUGUUAGUUAUAAUCAUCUUUGUGGUGAGAUUCCUAAGAAUAAUUUGUCUGCUAGUGUUUUUGUUGGGAAUGAUUGUUUGUGUGGAUCUCCUUUGAAGCCAUGCAAAGCAUAG